UCACAGCCAACCAACAAAUACAUUGUUUCUGGACAACUGCCAGUACUACACUUGUUGUGCUUUGUCAGUGGUCAUUGCGGCGGGCACGAGUCACACGCCAACAUCGCUCAUUAUGGCCGACAGAGGACGUGGUAGUGCAGCACGAGGAGCAGCAAUGCGUGGGGGCGCCCCCGCUUCGCGCGGUGGCAAGAGCACGGCGCCGACGAUGGACAAGCCGAAGCGAGAAGCCAUUCUUGACCUGGCGAAGUACGUUAAUGAGAGGAUACGGGUCAAGUUCACAGGUGGUCGGGAGGUCACUGGUGUCCUGAAGGGCUUUGACCAACUGCUGAACCUCGUCCUCGAUGACGUUGAAGAGCAACUGCACACAGAGCCACUGCCGUCAACACGGCAGCUGGGCCUCGUCGUACUUCGUGGUCCGACUUUAACGUUGCUCAGUCCUGUGGAUGGCUUCGAGGAAAUCGCCAACCCCUUCGUCGCCCAAGACGCAUAGCUUGUCGCCCUCAGACUGCUGUACUUUUGCUGUUCUUGAUCGUUCUGCUAUUAUCGAUCUGUAUUGCACUUGUUGGAAUAAUGCAAGGUGUGUUGCUACAAGGC